AGAACCUGUCAAAACCGCUGUCAUUCCCCGAAAAGUCCGCUUGUGGUGGGUGCAAAAUUUUGCAAUGUUUUCGCAAUUUGUGGACAUUUUCUCGUAAAUUCGGUGUGUUUUCGGUGCAAUUGUGGAACGUUUCGCGGUGCAAAUCGAAAUCCGUUGGAUAAAGUGUUGAAUCCGUGGGGCACGGUGGUGUAAAUUUGUGGGGAGAACCCUAGCCCGUCGUCGAAAUCAACAAGCCGCCUUAUUUUCGCGGCGUCUUAAUGGCGUAAACAAAAAAAAGCGCAUCCCGAAGAGAGAAAAAAUGGAUCAAUAUCCGUACAGCAUCCCAACGGGAUUCCAGCCGUAUGCGGGGAAUGCCUCUGAAAAAUCUACUGACGUACCGAUCGGAAGCGCCGUUCCCGGUCAAAAUCCGUACUUUGCUCAUAGCAGUGCAGCCGAAGUGCCGCCCUUUGGAUAUGUUCCACCCGUAGCGGGAGCGGCACAGGAGCAUCACCAGCAACAGCAACUAAUUCAACCUAAUUCCACACCGAUUCCUGCGGUCCAUGUUAACGGGUUGAUGCCUACUGGUGGGCCCACCGUAUUCAAUGCGUUUAACAACCCAGCGGCAUACGGCGGUCAGUUUCCGGCAACAGCCGGCGCAGCGGCGAUGCCUCACAUGGCUGGAAUUGAGGGAAUAUAUAAUCAGCCUAACUUCAAUGCGCAAGUAACCACUAAUAAUCCGGCUGUUCUUUACCCACCGGUACCGAUGGUGGUCAACCCUACAGUUUCGGAUAACCCAGUGGACACUGUUGAGUCUAGUGUGAUUGACACUGUAGUAGCGCCAGAACCUUUGAAUGUGGUGCAAGAUACUAAUGCUGAGACAACGACGAAUGAGGAACCAUUGUCAGAACAGCGUGAAACAGGUCAGGAGGUUGUGCAAGAAUCUAAUCGAGAGUCAACCCAACAAGCGGAACCUACUGUUACAGAAUCGACUGCUACAGUACCGACGGAUGAGAAUUUGUCCAAACCUUCCGAAGAACCUUCGCAGACAUCACUCAACGCAGAUGCAAACGAACCAUCGGGCAUCGAAAAUGACCUCCCCACGUCGAAUGAAGUAUCAGAGGCAUCUCAUGAACAGCUCGCUGAAACAUCCGAAGAGCCUGUAGAUACGCAAAAGUCCAGAAGUCCAAGCCGAUCGCGCAGUCUGAGUGCUUCAACGGAAGAGGUCUCCGCCGUAUCAUCCGUCAGGAAGAAGCGACGGCGAAUCAUGACGCUCAACGACGAUGAAGAUGACAGUGAAGAUGAAGAUAUUAGCAAUCGGAUGGAGUUGCUCCGAUCGCCGGAACCUGAAUCGGCGACGGUGGGAAACGAUGCUGAUGAGUCAGCCGGCGAGAAAAAGCGACGUCACAGCAUCGACAGGGAUGGUUUAGGAGACAGCGAGAGAGAGGAUGAUGAUGAUCGUCCAAAGUCGUCUGCGUCUGGUGCUGCGUCCAUUUUCCAGAAUGUGGUUAUGAUUCCAGCGGGUGGUGAUUCGGAAGCGCAUAAGCGUAAGAAGAUACGAGUGCUAGACAGUGACGACGAUGAGGACGAUCAGAAGGCGCUCGUCAGUGUGGAUGAUAUCGGGUUGACUGGAGAAGGUGCGGACGAUUUGAAUCCGGGUGGUUUGCUGGUGGAUGAGAACGCUGAGAAUGACGAUCUUGGCACGGUGGAUGGGAUCGAGUUGGAUCAGAUGGAGCAAAUUGUGGCAAUGGAUGCACCGAUAAUCGAUCCAAGCGAGCUGGCGAAUGAAGACGACGAUGAAGAUGAGCCGGAUGGUGGUGAGAAUGAGAAGGAGACAAGCGAUCGAGAAGAGAAUGGCGGCAGUGAGGGUGAGGGAGCUGAACAGGAAGAUGAAGAACUUGGCGAAGAAGAAGAGGUUGUUGAAGAAGGUGUGGAAAUGAUAGCAGCUGAAGAUGACGAUGGUGAAGCAAUCGGAAUAGCAACAGACGACGAGCAGGAACUCGAAGAAAAUGUAGAACCAGAGGCGGCUUCAGAUGCGGAAGGAUCAGAGGUGGCAGCAUCGGAAGCGGCUGGUUCGGAGAGAAGUGAAGUAGAUAACAAUCGAGGGAGUGACGCAGAGGAAGAUCAAGCAUCAGACGUAGAACGAUCAGAAGCAGAGGAGCAAAGUGAAAAUGAACGACGGGAAAGCGAGUCCGAGAAGGGAGAUAAAGACGAAAGCGAGGAAGAAGAGGGACAGAAUGACCAAAGUGAAACCAGAUCUACGUCAAGUCCCGUUGAGCAGGAGAAGGAUUCGAGUUCCGAGAAAAAGCGCAAAGACAAAGAUCAGGCCAAAAAGUCCGAUAGUGACGAGGACGACGAUGUGGUUUGCCAGAAUGUUGAAGUGAACACUAUUUCGUUGCUUACAGACGAAGAAGAUGAUAAUAUGACUCCGUUGCCGCCACCCAAGAAAGAGCUCCCGGUCGUGAGGAUUGUCAACAUCAAAAAAGAACUGCUGGAUGAACGAUUUGCGCGGAGAGACUCUGCGGCGUCACGGAUGGAUGCAGCCACAUCUUAUCAACAUCAGCACUAUCUCAAGAGGCAACAACAGUUGGCGCAGAAGAAGCGGGAGAAACAGAAGAAAAGGAGCGAAAGGACGUUCGAUAAUAACAACCCGUUCGGUCCUUGGAGCAGCUCGUCCAGCGACGAUGAGUUCAUUCCGAAUGAUAUCUAUUUCGGUACACCAGAUCGAGUAUUCACGGCCAGCACAAAAGUUCGAUGCCAGCGUCAGAAAAUAAUAAACGAUCGCUACUCGAAACAGGGCAAAACUUCGAGUCGACCCUACAAGAGGAAAUACGGGGAAGAGCCCGAUGCAGAACAACGACGGAAACAGAAGCAAAAGCUCGAGGAGAUUUCCCGACUGAAUCUGCCCACGUACCAGCAGCAACAACUACAAACCCUGGUAAAGAAGAAGAAAAAGAAUAGACCGGACCGGUUCUAUGACAAAUCGCAGGACAUUCCCAACGAUAUCUAUUUUGGAAAUGUGAAUGUUCCCCUGCAUAUUCUGCAUGCCUUCGGCGAUAGUUCUUCGGACGACGAACGACGAGGGGGAAAUGUCUGGCGAUCGACACAACCCAACCGUGGAAGCUCCUCCACCAGCAGUAGGGGUGCAAAGCAUCAAUCGAGUAGCAAGAGUUACAAGAAAGCUUCCUCAUCUUCCACUCAUAGAUCGCCACACAGUCCCAGCAAUGACCGAUCCAUACAAGCGAUGAAGGAAUAUUUGAAAAUCGCCGGGUUCAAGAACGUAAAGUUCCACAAACUGUGGGAAGGUUGCAAAUCGAAUCAGGAACGGGCCAACGCCAUUCUUCGUCUGAUGCAGGAAAAGGGACUGGAAGGGGAACCUACCAUAGCCAAGUGCCGGGAGCUACGCAAGCAGCUUCAAAUGGAACGUGAGGUGCAAGUGCUAGACACCAGUUUAAUCAUCGAUUCGAAUGAAGGUCGAACCACACGAAGGAGUGCGAGGCACCAACAAAACCAGAUAUCCCCUGGUUUGCCUAUAGAUCCUAAUGCACCCUCGACGUCGGGUCUUUCGCAGCCUCCCGCCAACGUUCCGCCGGAAAGUUUAGAAACAUUAAAUCGUAUCCGGAACGUGAUCGAUCCGGAUUCCGAAGGGGAAGAGUAAUUCCCCACAUAUAAUAGAUAGCUGCAGAUCCCGAGUUCUCUACUCGGAGGCCAUACAAAUUUUAUCUUUGUUAUAACACCGAUCAAGUCAACAAUGGUAGCGAUUCAAUUGUAAUUAUUUCAAAUGUUUUGCAGGACAUCAGUAUCUCCAGAUCAACACAAUAUUUUAUGUUUUCUCAUGGAGAACACACUAAGGAAAGAUUUUAUUUCAAUAGAAUUCAUAUUAUUUUUUUUACAGUGAUGCACAGGCAUAUUAUUUUCACAAACACUAUUCAAAGUAUAGUCCCUAGAAUACUUUAAUAAACUAGCACUAGAUGAUAAGAGAAAAUUGUACAUGCUUAGAAUGCAUUGUGAAAUCAAAAGUCACUCUCAUUAGAAUAGGUAAUAAAGCAAGUCAGAGGAUAACAAAUUUUACAGCAACAAAUAAUAAUAGAUGUACUAUAGCUUGGAAUGGUCGAUACCCUGAAUAAAUAUUAGCUUUUUGAAAUGUGUAGA